AUGCUUGCCGCCAUCGCCCUCUCGUGCUGCCUGACCGCGUCUGGCCCACGCAGGCGUGUGCCUUUCGUCAAUCACCAUGUGCAUCAGCGCACGCACCGUCGCUUGCUGCCGCUCGUGCUGGCACAGCAGGAUCCCGGACAGUGGACGCCGCCGCCCAAGCUGGAUGCUGAUGUGGCAGUGCUCCUGUGGUACAGUGGCUGGUCCACUGUCUUUCGCAGUGCGGCGUAUCGCUAUCAGUUGAGCGGGCUGCCGUGGAAGCGGCUCGACCAGAUUGGGCUCGACUUGCCGGCUCUCAACAACGCGCUCGGCGAAGGGGCGGCCCUGGCGGCGACCUGGGUCGCAGCCGCUCUGCUGACGGGCGUGCUCGAGAGCGAUGCGCGAAGGUACGACCAAACGAGGGUGCUGCUGACCUGGACGAUGGCGGCCUCGGCCGCGCAGGCGGUCAAGUACAGUGCAGGGUGGAACGCAGGGGACGGGAGCUUCAAGACCGGCGACGCGAUCACGGACGCGGCGAUGACGCUGGUGCUGAUGUGGGCCUUGCGUGUGUUUGAGGAGCGCGGUGUCCUCUGA